GCAUAUAUUUUGUUUCAGUCCCGUUUCCCUCCAUGGUUUCUCCUCUCUCCGACUAACUUAGCGUUUGGCUCAGUUCAUUAUACAGUCCUAUAUUCUCCCUCCAUUAGGGCAUCUCUGCCUUUGGACUGAAGAUCCCAACAAAACCCAAGAGAGAAAAGUUUUACUUUCAUAGGGCAAGAUGGACAUGAGCAAGAGGAUCCACUUGGAGCUAAGAAACAGGACACCGUCUGAUGUACGAGAACUCGUCCUUGACAAUUGUCGAUCAGCUGAAGGAAAAAUCGAAGGCCUCACAGCUGAGUUUGUCAACCUGGAGUUCCUCAGUUUGAUAAAUGUUUGCUUAAUGUCAGUUUCCAACCUGCCUAAACUAGGAAAACUCAAAAAGCUGGAGUUGAGUGACAACAGAAUCAGCGGAGGCCUUGAUGUUUUAGCAGAGAAACUCCCCAACCUCACACAUCUAAACCUGAGUGGCAACAAAUUGAAAGACAUCAGCACAUUGGAACCGUUGAAAAAGCUGGAUAACCUGAAGAGUUUGGACCUGUUCAACUGUGAAGUGACAAACCUGAAUGACUACAGAGAGAGCGUGUUCAAGCUGCUGCCACAGCUCACCUACCUGGAUGGCUACGACAUGGAGGACAGGGAAGCCUCAGACUCUGACGGAGAGGUGGAUGGAGACGGCGUAGAUGACGACGAAGAUGAAGAGGGAGAGGAGGAGGAAGAUGAGGACGGAGAGGAGGAGGACUUUGACGAGGAGGAGGAGGAUGAGGAAGACGAAGAGGAGGUAGAAGGAGAAGAGGAUGACGAUGAGGUCAGCGGGGAAGAUGAGGAGGAAGACUUUGGUCAGGAUGGGGAAGUGGAUGAAGAGGAUGACGAUGACGAUGACGAUGAAGACGAAGCAGAAGCUCGCAAAGGCGAGAAGAGAAAGCGAGACCAAGAGGAUGAGGACGACGAUGACGACGACGAAGACGACGAUUAAGAGCAAAACUGAAAAACGAGAGCCUACCGAGUUACCCUUCCUCCCCCACAAACCCAAACGUCCGCCCUCCUACAACUCACACCGCCUUUGUAAUCCACGUCUACCCCCCCAGCUCUGAGCUCUUUUUAAGGGGCAAGA